GAAAAACAAGAACAAAGGACAAGUACCGAGUGGUCUACACUGACCAUCAACGAUUGCAGUUGGAAAAAGAGUACAGUUUAAACACGCGAUACAUAAAUAUCAAACGAAAGGCGGAAAUCGCCUUGGACCUGAAUCUGUCGGAACGGCAAGUGAAGAUCUGGUUUCAAAACCGACGAGCAAAAGACCGAAAGCUGGAAAAGAAACAGAAGGAGGAGCAGAACCGCGCUAUGCAGAGUCAGCCAGAUCGGGAGGUUCCCGAUGGAGCCGGAGCUCUUAGAGAAGUGUCAUUUAACAUUGCAUUGUUAAAUGACAACGGAAUCCAUCCGACCACCUUUUAA